UCGAGCGGAUUGUUUCGAAAUCUUAGUAGUUUUGAAACAGCUCAUAGUCAAGAUGUCAUCAGCAGAAACAAAUAGUCAUACCGAUGCGAGCGAAGAGAGUACCGGAAGACUUCAAAACACAGAAAGUCUUGUUUAUCCCACCAGAAGUCUACACUUCUUGAAGCGACUCGACGCUGCAUCUUCUCGUGCAGAUGGCUACAAGGCAGAGCCUUCGUCCUUGAAACUGAACAUUAUCGUCGUCGGCGGCGGCCUCGGAGGCCUAUCGGCAGCUAUUGCACUCGCCCGCAAGGGCCACACCGUGACCGUUCUCGAAGCCGCCCCUGAGCUCGGAGAGGUCGGCGCAGGCAUCCAGGUCCCGCCCAAUUCAAGCCGCCUUCUCCUGGCCUGGGGCAUCGCGCCCUUCCUCCAAGGCAAGGCCGUCGAGACCGAAGCCAUCACGCUGCGAAGAUGGCGCAAUGGCGCAAAGAUAGGAUACACGAAACUGUUACCCGACUUUCGCGAAUCGUAUGAUGCGCCGUACUGGGUCGUCCAUCGCGCACAUCUACUCGACGCGCUGCUCCAGUUAGCACUCAAGCACGGCGUGACCGUCCAGACAGACGCCAGAGUCCUCCAGUACGACCCUUCUAAACCCAGCCUGACCCUCCAUACCGGCGUGGAAAAGACGGCAGAUCUCAUCGUCGCUGCAGACGGCGUCAAAUCACUCGCCCGCCCCGCCAUCCUCACCACCCCAGACACACCCCCAAGAUACACCCGCUUCGCAGCCUACCGCGCCACCGUGUCGACCCAAAAAAUGCGCGCCGACCCACGCACAGCAGAACUCCUCGACCGUCCAGGCCAGAACCUCUGGCUCGGGCCCCAGCGCCACAUCAUGGCCUACAGCAUCGCGGCCGGCGAAACGUUCAACCUCGUCAUUUCGCACCCGGCGACCACGGAUCCGGCGACCUGGCGGCAAGACGACAACGUCGCCGAGAUGAAGCGCCAGUUUGAGGGCUGGGAUCCACGGAUCGUGGGCGUGCUGGACAUGGUGGAGCAGACGACGCGUUGGCCGCUGAUGGCGUACAGGGAUGCGCUGCCACGGUGGGUGCAUAGGGACGGGAAGAUGUGUAUGCUUGGUGACGCGGCGCAUGCGAUGCUGCCGUAUAUGAGCCAGGGGGCUGCGAUGGCUGUGGAGGAUGGGGCUGCGCUUGCGGAGGCGAUAGGGUGUGUUGGGCGGAAAGAGGAUAUGGGGAGAGCGCUCGGGGUGUGGGAGAGUGUGAGGCUGAAGCGGACGAGUGGGAUGCAGCAGGCGGCGUGGGUGCAGGGGAAACUGUGGCACUUUGAGGAUGGAGCAGAGCAGCGGGCACGCGAUGAAAGUAUGCGUGCGGAGGUGGAAGGGGUGCACUUUGUUGAGAGUGCGAAUCAAUGGAGCGAUCCGGUGACGCAGGCUUGGACAUAUGCGUAUGAUGCAGAGAUGGAGGUGAGGGUUGCUUUUCGGGAGUGAGGCUUUGAGUCGUAUUUUAGACUGCGUUUGUGGAAUGUAUUCAUUCGUGGGGUAUAUGGGCUGUAAUCUAAACCUUUUUCCUUCGCUUAUUUGCUUUGGGUUUCUGCGCAGUAUGUGUAACUGACGACUCCUCGUCGCUUUCAGGGGCCACCAGUGUCGCCGCAUCUGUAUCUUCAACGCCUGAGACUGAGUCCUCAGAAUCGAGAUCGACGACGGCAUCCGAGGGGAUGCUAUCCGAAUCAUCAUCGUUGUUAUUAUCAUCUUCAUUGACCUCGACAUCAUUGUCGUCAAAGCCCUCGAAUUCCUCGUCGAUUGCCGGGGAUGACGCACCCGCAGCGUCAAUGGUCGUUUCUUCAUCUU